AUGCCUCGAGCUCAGAAAGAAAAAAAAGAUAAGAAAGAUAAGAAAGAUGAGAACAAUGAGAAUGAAGAAGAUCCAACUGAAUCAAAAACGGAAAAGGCCAAGUGGACUGAUUACAAGGUUCGGUUCACGUUGAAUGAAUUCAUAGUCGAGAAGGAAAAUGGAAAUAUGAAUGGCACCACCUGGAAGCCGAUUGCCUUUGCAAACGUCACCAAAAGAUACAAUACGGCAUAUCCAGAGGAACCUAUGACCAAAAGGCAAAUCAAGAACAUGUACACUGGAAGAAAAAGUACGUACAGUAAGGCUUGCAGAUUGAAGAUGAACUCGGGAAUUGGCUGGGUUGAUGGUGAAUGCCGGAUUGAUAUGCCAAAGCAAUGGUGGGAUGAGACCGGUGAUAAAGACAAGGAUGCCAGUGGAUUUCGAAAUCAAACCUUCAUCUUUUAUGACCAAAUGGACAAGAUACUACAUAUGUCAAAACCUGCUGGGGCAUUGCGUACUGGCACAAGCAGUAGCGUGCGAGUCAAAGCGAAGAAAGGGAAGGAGGAGGAGGACGAAUCAAAUGACGAUGAAGAUAAAUCAGAUGAAGAUAAAUCAGACAAAGAUGAAUCAGACAAAGAACAAAAAAAGAAUAAAAAAAAAGCAGACAGUGAACCCAGAGAUGCUCAAGGAUUAACAGCAGCUGAACGAGCUCUAGAUGAUGGUUCUAAUGAUGGUGAAGAUUCCAUUCCAGAGCUCACUGUUGAUUCAGCAACUCGUACGAGCAAGUCAAAGAAAGGAAAGGAGAAAACUAUCCGAGUCGAACUCUCUGAUUCGGACUCAGAAGAAGCUUCAACUUCUAGAAAGAAACAACCCGCCUCCAAAAGUAAAAUCAAAAAGAAAACACCCGCGCGCCAGGUCAAGCCAGGCACGCUAGCAAAUGCCAUCGCUGAAGCUUCAAAAGACUCGGUCGAGAAGGCAAAGGAUGCCCUCAAACGCGAUGGACUCCGGGUAACCGCCUCAACCGAUCGUGAUCGAUCCAUUGAGGAAGCUGCUCGCAUCAAAGCUGAGAAAUUUCCGCAUCAACAGACUGCUAUGAAACUGUUCAAUCUCAAGAGUGCUGUUCAUUUCCCCAUUUUCAAAGAUUGCCACAUAGCAAUCAAUGUCCUCAAGCAGGAGGCUGAGGCUGGUGUAUUUGAAGGUUUGAGUGAUCAAGACCGCUGGGAAUGGUUAAAAGAAGAAGUUUCGGAAAAGAAGAAAAAACAGGCAAAUGAGAUGUAG